CCAUGAUGCCCCGCGGCUCCUUCACCGACCCGCAGCUUCACUGCCGCUGAGAUCAGCGGAGCUGAAGCGGGACUGUGCGAACCGGACCGGACCGUGCUCGCGCCGCGGACACGGACAGACGGACAGGCUCUCUGGACCUUGUGGUGAGUCGGGGUCAGAGGUCACGCCUCCAUGUGGUCUGACAGAAGAUGAACCACCAUGACUGUGGAUGGAGCGGGUCAGAGGUCAACCAGCACCAGGUGGGUCUACGUCCAGGUGAGGACAUAUCAGCUGACUGCCAGCCUGAGGGAGGCGGAGCCAAAGACAGUGACCAGAAUGCUGGAGGACAUGGAGACAGGUGUGACCAUCCGGUGGACAAGGCGGGGCUUUUCUCCUUCAUGACCUUUCAUUGGCUGACUCCUCUGGCUGUACACGCCCACCAAAAAGGGAAGCUCCUAUUGGAGGACAUCUGGCCCAUGUCACACAGAGAAUGUUGCCAUGACAACAGUCUGAGGCUGAAGACUCUGUGGGAUGAAGAGCAGAGGUCAAAGGGCGGAAACGCUUCUCUGUGCUCGGUGGUUUGGUCCUUCUGUCGGACACGUCUCCUCCUGUCCAUCCUCUGUCUCACCGUCACUCAGCUGGCCGGGUUCAGCGGCCCAGCGUUCGUGGUAAAGCGUCUCCUGGACUACACCCAGCAGGAGGACUCAGACCUGGUCUACGGGCUCCUGCUGGUUCUGGGGCUUCUCCUCAUGGAGCUGAUGAGGUCCUGGUCUCUGGCUCUGACCUGGGCCCUGAACUACCGGACUGGGUCAAGACUGAGAGGAGCCAUCCUCAGUCUGGCCUUCCAGAAGAUCCUGAAGCUGAAGAGCAUCAGAGACAAGUCCAUGGGACAGCUAGUGAACAUGUGUUCCAGUGACGGUCAGCGGAUGUUCGAUGCUGCAGCAGUGGGCAGUUUGUUGGCAGGGGGCCCCCUGGUGGCCAUCCUCGGUGUUGCCUACAACCUGCACUUACUGGGACCAACAUCUCUGCUGGGAUCAGCUGUCUUCAUCCUCUUUUAUCCCACCAUGAUGUUCAGCUCCAGAUUGACGGCAUACUUCCGGAGGAAAGGCGUGGCCAUCACUGACAGACGAGUGCAGAAGAUGAAUGAAAUCCUCAACUACAUCAAGUUUAUCAAGAUGUACGCCUGGGUCAAAGCCUUCUCCAACGACAUCCAGAGGAUCAGGGAUGAGGAGCGCCGGAUCCUGGAGCUUACAGGUUACUUCCAGAGCAUCACGGUGGGCGUGGCUCCCAUCGUGGUCGUCAUUGCCAGCGUGGCAACAUUCUCCGCCCACAUGUUGCUAGGAUACGACCUCACAGCCUCUCAGGCCUUCACCGUGGUGACGGUGUUCAAUGCCAUGACAUUUGCCCUGAAAGUGACUCCGUUUUCUGUCAAAUCUCUGUCAGAAGCUUCGGUGGCUGUGGAGAGAUUUAAGAGUCUCUUCCUGUUGCCGGAGGUGGAAGGCGUCCGAGCAUUGCCUAGCGAUCCUCAGGUUGCCGUGGAGAUGUGUGAUGCUAGCCUGGCAUGGGAGGGCGGUGGACAGAGCGCCCAGGCCAGUCCGUGUGUCCGAUCAGCUGGCAGACACCAACAGAAGCACAAGUCAAACAGCUGCUGCUUUGUUCCCAUGUUCAGGUGCAGAGAUCCAGGUGUGCUGCAGGAGGCCGGCUCUCUGCUGAGUGGAAGAAGCACAGCUUCUACUCCUGAGGAAGAAGAAGGGGACGAGGAGGGGGACGAAGACACCUGUCCCCCCCUCCUAGCUGUUCCUGCCCCCCCUCUGCGCCUCCAGAGGACCCUGCAUUGCAUUAACUUGAAUAUCCAGCAGGGGAAGCUGCUGGGGGUCUGUGGAAGUGUCGGCAGUGGAAAAACCUCCCUCAUCUCGGCCAUCUUGGGACAGAUGACCGUGCUGGAGGGCAGCGUGGCGGUCAGGGGACGGCUGGCCUAUGUGGCUCAGCAGGCCUGGAUCCUGAAUGCAACAUUGAGAGACAACAUCCUGUUUGGACAGGAGUACCAGGAGGACAGGUACCAGUCCGUCCUCAGCACCUGUUGUCUCAGACCGGACCUCAUCCUGCUGCCCAACGCCGACCUCACAGAGAUUGGAGAGCGCGGCGCCACCCUGAGUGGUGGACAGCGGCAGCGAAUCAGCUUGGCCCGUGCGCUCUACAGCGAUCGGGACGUUUACAUCCUGGACGACCCGCUCAGUGCGCUCGACGCCCACGUGGCCAAUCACAUCUUCUACAACGCCAUCAGAAAGCAGCUCUGCAACAAGACCGUCAUCUUCAUCACUCACCAGCUGCAGUACCUGGUGGACUGUGAUGAUGUCAUCCUGAUGAAAGAGGGGAGUAUAGUGGAGCAGGGUAACCAUGACAACCUGAUGAAACUGAAUGGAGACUAUGCAGCCAUGUUCAACCACUUUCAGCUGGGAGACACACCUGUCAUAGAGGCUCCCAGCAGGAAGAACGGCGGCUCUCAGCGGAAACCAGCCGACAAUAAACCAGGAUCAGUGAAGAAGAACACACUGGUUGUCAAGGACAAUGGGGAGGAGCAGCAGUGUGGGGGUGUGGCCUGGCCAGUGUUUCGCAUUUACAUGGCAGCGUGCGGCGGUUUCGGUUCCUGUCUGUUGAUCCUGGUUCUGUUUGUCUUCAACGUGGGAAGUGCAGCCUUCUGUCACUGGUGGCUGAGCUACUGGAUCAACCAGGGCAGUGGGAACGCCACGGUAACCGUGGGCAACAGCUCAGCAAUGAGCAUCAGCAUGAAGGACAAUCCCAUGAUGCAACAGUACGUCGCCAUUUACGCCUCCUCCAUGGGAGUCAUGCUGCUCUUCAAAUUCCUCCGAGGCAUCGCCUUUGUUAAGGGGACGCUUCGUGCCUCCUCCAAGCUUCAUGAUGAGCUCUUCCGCCGGAUCCUCCGCUGUCCCAUGAAGUUCUUCGCCGUGACGCCAACAGGACGCAUCCUUAACCGCUUCUCUAAGGACAUGGAUGAAGUGGACACCCGUCUGCCCUUCCAGGCCGAGAUGUUCAUCCAGAACGUGAUCCUGGUCUUCUUUUGCCUUGGAGUCAUCAGCUGUGUUUUCCCAUGGUUCCUGGUGGCCGUGGGUCCUUUGGUCUUGCUCUUCUCUGUGCUCCACAGCGUCUCCAGGGUCUUCAUCCGAGAACUGAAGCGGCUGGAAAACGUGACCAUGUCCCCCUUCAUGUCCCACAUCACCUCCAGCAUCCAGGGCCUGACCACCCUGCAGGCCUACGGCAGGGACCAGGACUUUCUCCACAGGUACCAGGUUUUGUUGGAUCAGAACCAGGCUCCUUUUUAUCUGUUCAGCUGUGCAAUGCGCUGGUUGGCGGUUCGGCUGGACGUCAUCAGCGUGGCGCUGAUCAGCAUCACGGCCCUCAUGAUGGUCCUGAUGCACGGGCAGAUCCCCCCCGCCUACGCCGGCCUCGCCAUCUCCUACGCCGUGCAGUUAACAGGGCUGUUCCAGUUCACGGUGCGUCUGGCUUCAGAGACGGAAGCUCGCUUCACCUCCGUGGAGAGAAUCCAUCACUACAUCCAGUCGCUAUCCCAGGAAGCUCCGGCCCGGGUAAAAGGUCAGUCACCUCCUCCGGACUGGCCCCAGCAGGGGGAGCUAGUGUUCAGGGAGGUGGAGAUGAGGUACCAGGAGAACCUCCCUCGGGUCCUCAGUAAGAUCUCAUGCACCAUCAGGCCCAAGGAGAAGGUUGGAAUCGUGGGCAGAACUGGAUCAGGAAAGUCGUCUCUGGGUGUGGUCUUGUUCCGGCUUGUUGAGUCUUGUGGAGGCUCCAUCUUGAUUGACGGCAUCGACAUCGGGGACAUUGGACUGGCUGACCUGCGCAGCAAGCUGUCCAUCAUCCCUCAGGACCCAGUCCUGUUCAGUGGGACAGUCAGGUUCAAUCUGGACCCUUUUAACCAGUACCCUGAGGAAAAGAUCUGGGACACUUUGGAGAGGAGUCACAUGAAAGAAUGUGUGUCCCAGCUGCCUCAGAAGUUGGACUCAGAAGUGGUGGAGAACGGGGAGAACUUCUCUGUGGGAGAGAGACAGCUGCUGUGUGUCGCCAGAGCUCUGCUGAGACAGUGCAAGGUGCUGAUCCUCGAUGAGGCUACUGCAGCCAUGGAUGCAGAGACAGAUGCUCUAAUCCAGGAGACCAUCAGGAGUUCCUUUCAGGACUGCACCACCUUGACCAUCGCUCAUCGUCUCCACACCGUCCUCGCCUGCGACCGCAUCAUGGUGCUCAACCAAGGACAGGUGGUGGAGUUCGACGAGCCGUCUAAGCUGCUGGCCAAUGAGAACUCGCGGCUGUGCUGGAUGCUGGCGGCGGUGGAAGGCAAGGUCUCGGUGCGAGGAUGAGGCAAUGAAGGCUGUGACGGAGCCUCGUACAGAAACAAGGGAGGAUCAAACCUCCGACAACUUCCUGUUGCUUUUUGGCAACAUUUCUCAUUUCUGUGACCCGGUCUGAAGCGGGUCGGCGGUUCUGGUUGUCCUACCGGUUUAAUGUCCUGAACUCAGUCUGAGGUGAUGUGAGGACCAGCUUAUGUUUUUAUUUAUGUAAAUAAUAAAGUCUGAACGUGUUUAUUUUA